AUGGAUCCCUUAUACCUGAACCAACUACCCACCCGCACCGAAGGCAGCGAUUACGAUCUGGGACCCCACCUCGCAGUCCUAGAUGCUCUCUUUACGGGCAAGAUUCACCCUCCAGAAGCCGCUGUUAAGCUAGCUUCAGCUGCCUUAGCACUUGAUGCCUCCCUCGAGGCACAACUCGGCCAACUCUGGCACCUGGUACUCAAACUUUCAUACAGCAACCCAGAAUACCAGGAUAAGCUGGUUUCUACCCUCGUGGAUAUGUCGCACCUCCCGGACGCUAUGAAACCCGGUGAUAACGGACAGUGUGGACCACUAAUUCUACACGAUAUGCAAGUAUGGAGGGACCUGCCGCUGCUGGGCUGGGAGAUCCGACGGCAUUGGGAUGACUCAAUUCCGCUUCCAGGUUCCGACACAGUGAAGAGGGAAGCUGCGAUAUUGAGGACCAUAAAUGUGAAUCGCUUUGUUGCUCUUCUUGUCGCGACUGAUGAGCCUGUUUUUGUAGCAAAUUCAUGGUUUGCACUCGUGACGCUCCGGGUUGCACUUGAGACGCCAUGGAUACAUAUGCGGGAAGAUGAACCUUUGGAGGCAUGGAUUCCUGCAGCAGCGGCAUGGAUUGAGGUUCUCGGGGCUGAGAUCUAUGAAUGGGAUGAUGAAUAUGAGUCAGGGCCCCUGGUUGGGGCACCAGGUAGGGGAGGGCCGUUGUGGAAAGGAAAGCAUGGCUUUUCUAAAGAGAGGUGGAAGCUUUGGAGGGAGAGAUUUGGGGAAGCAGCAAAGAAGGAGGAUGAGCCGGAGCAUGUUAGGAGGGUCGCAGAAGAAGCGGAGCUGAUGAUGAAGGAGAUUGAGGGUGGAGAGGUCGAGUAG